AUGACAGUGCCUGCUUGCUGGAAUGGGCCCCUGAGGAGGUCAGCGGUCAGGUCGUACCCUGCAUUCUCACCAGGGCGACCCUGCUGGAGGCGCAGUUGGUUCUGCUCUCCGGCCACGCGGCAGGGGCACGGAGACGGUGGCCACGGUCAGGGCCUGACUGCAGACAUAGAAGCAGAGAUAGAAGAUGAUGGCCUCCGCAGGAAGGCCACACGAGUGACUUGGCUGGGGGUCGGAGCAAACGUUUGUCUGACAGGGCUCAAGGGUGCUGCGGGGUACGCCUCUGGAAGCACGGGCCUGAUGGCGGACGCGGUGCACAACAUGACGGACCUCGCCGGAGACGCCGUGUCGCUUCUCACUCUGCGGGUGGUCGCCGCGCCUGCUGACGAGAAGUAUCCGUAUGGAUACGGGAAGUACGACGCUGUCGGGACGCUGGGGGUCGCUGGGAUUCUCCUGGUCACCGCAGGUGAGAUACUUCACCAGUCGCUCGAGUCUCUGCUAGAGGUUGUUCGGGGAAACCCGUGUGGGCUGCAGAUGGCUCCGAUGGCGCUGGGAGUUGCUGUCGUGUGCGUUGCCGUGAAGGAAAUUCUCUUCCGCAUAACCCUGCGAGUGGGGAAAGAGGCCCGAUCAUCUGUUGUCAUCGCCAACGCCUGGCACCAUCGAAGCGAUGCUCUCUCCUCGUUAGUUGUCAUGGGCGGCAUCGGAGGCGUCAUGGUCGGGCUGCCGUACAUGGACGCCGUCGGUGGGGUGAUGGUGGCCGGCUACACGGCAAAGCAGGCGGUUGAGAUCGGAUGGGGCGCAGUGAAGGGAUUGACGGACCAGCAGACGGACACGCGGCUUCUUCACGGCAUCAGAGAGGUCGGUGACAAGCUUAUGGUCGGAGGGAUCAUCACUGGAUUGUCCAAGGUGCGGGUCCGGCACUUCGGUGCCUAUUGCCUCGUGGACUUGAACGUGAUCGUCGACCCGUUUCUCUCAGUCGGAGACGCGCACAAGCGAACAAAGAUUGUGCGCAGGGCGAUUCAGCUGGAGCACCCGGAGGUGCACGAAGUCCUGGCGCACGUUUGCCCCUCGGACGUCCAGCACGACUGA